CUGUCAUUGUUUGAUGAAAUUGAAAUGAAGUUUUUCGUAUUAUUUGAUGAAGUGAAUUGUGAAAAAUAUCAAUAAAAAGUAACAUCUACUAUUGAAAAGAAAAAAAAUAUCUUCUAAGCACUGGUGUGUAAAUGAAUAAAAAUGUCUCAAAUGGAAGUAACAGAAAGCAGUAAUGAUUGCUCAAAUGAUUCGCUUUUACUAGAUCGCGUAUUCCUACGGCUUGGCAAUGCCGAUUCGGAUGACCAACUUGAGAGCUGUCUUAACAGGUUUCUGCCUCCCGUUAUCCUUAAAUUGUCAUCCCCUCAUGAGCAGAUUCGUACAAAAGUGAUGGAGCUUUUGGUACAUGUCAACAAAAGAGUUAAAUGUCGCAAUGAAGUGCAACUUCCAGUGGAGACUCUUCUCCAACUCUAUAAAGAUCCUGCUGCCAAUAGUUUCAUUAUUAACUUUACCAUUAUUUAUAUUACUAUGGGUUUCCCAAGACUACCUAGGGAUCAGCAGUUGAAUUUAGCACCAAUGUUGCUUGAAGCAAUUGAAAGUAAGCCGCAAGCUCACCAGGAUAGUAUUUUGAUGUUAGUGAUGCCACUGCUGGGAGAUAUUAAAGAGCAAAACCUCAACUUGAAAGAAAAGCCCAAAGUAUCUGCAUUGAUUUUAAAGUUUGCAACUGAUGUUCUUCUGUUACCUUACAGAGCUCUGCCAAGUGAAGGCGUAAGUGAUUUCCAAGUGCCACCUGGUAUGAGCUUAAAGUCGUACAAGAGAAUUGUUGAAAAAAAUCAGAUUAAUCCUAAUCAACUUGAAGAGAUAAAGUUGUCCAUUGUAAACUUUAUAACCAAAGACAUAUUCAACCCAAGCGACAUACUGCUACCACUCAUAAUCGCCGCGGCCGACUCUCGGUUCAGCAUCGCCAAUCACGCCAACAGUCCACUGAUUAGAGUUAACAGUACUGUAGACUGGUCGCAGCCUUCAGUGGUGGCGCCACUGUACGCUCUAUACUUGGGCACUUGGGCGGGCUUGAAGGUACCUGCUGAUGACCGAAAGGUGCCAGCGUGCACUAGGCUGCGUUUAAAACUUAUUCAAUACCUAAAUAAGGCAACUGGACCCGCAAUCCUGUUCCCACACUGUGUUCAAGUCGUCUUUUCGUCAUUAUUUGAUCCAAACACAAAUUCGCGUCUACGCAAUAAUGCUCUCACGUUUCUACUGAACGUCAUAAAUAACGGGGAUCACGCGCAACUGUCAAAGGUUGCGGUUAUAUACUUGAAGGGAUUAUUGAAGUUAAUCAGAUCUGAGGAACAUGCGGAACACCAACCCAAGGCUUACACGUGUUUAGGAAGACUAGCAUUAAAAUGUCCGGAGUCUUUUAGCGACAAAUUCGCGUUGCUCGAGGAACUUGUGAAGAAAAUUCCCGAAGCUGUACCCGAAAUGAGAACAGCGUUGAGGGACGCCUUGCUAGAGAUGGCUGUUGCUUAUAAGAUCAACCCAGAAGAUAAAACCGAGCCAAUGGAUACAUCAGAAGGAGCAAGCACGUCAACCGAUAAAAUGGAAACAGAAGAAAGCUCUGAGAGCAAGAAACCGCGGCCGAGCCCCUUCGUUGAGCCGCAAGCGCUUGCGCUCUUCGCUCUGUUGGACCAUUACAUGCAUAGCGAGGAGUCAAUGAUCCGAUACAUCGCGAUGCGGUACUCGGCGACAGUGUUCCCGCCAGACUACGUGCCUUCUAGAUAUCUUCUGUUGUUGGCCAGCGGUGACAGUCAAGAUGACGUUUCAACGGAAGCAUUAAAAUAUCUGUACGGUACAUCACGUCCGAAUGAAAUAGACGACGUCGUUAACAACGUGUCUACAAAAGAAACCAAUGUAGUUAACAUCGAUGAGGACGCAUCCUCUAAAGAUAAAGACACAGCGCAAGAGAAACUCAAAGUACCAAAGUUCACGGAUGUGGUCAACUACAUAUGGGAUCAGAUGAAUAAAAGGAAGAAGGGUUCGAAUGCUAAACACAGGUUUGUGGUUGGGAAUCACGUUUUGCAGUUUCAUCCACAGACAUAUCAAGAAAUUUUAAGAUAUUUAAGAAUGUGUCUAAACCGCGACGCAGAUCUUAAAGAUUGUUCAAACCAUCCCAAUGCCACCUCGCCAAUCCUGGCCAAAUACUUUCAAGAGAAUUUGUUGGAAACUGAAGCAUUGGAUAGAUAUUUGACGAUGAUAACUUCACUUUUGAACGCUUCUCCAGGUGCCAUGCCUCUAACAUGCUUCUUGGAUAUUGUCGGUUGUGUGCCGACAAAAAUGGCUGAAAAAUACACUGCACUGUUACCAUUUUUGAAAAAUCUUUUCGCAACAAGCACUAAAGAAGACAUCCGUGAAAUAUCCGCGGCCAUUUACGCUAUAAUUGUUGUCCAUACUAAUAAUAAAACAGAAAUAGAGAAGGAGAUUAAGGAGUGUGUUGAACAGUGCCGAAGUAACAAGAACUUGGAGGCACAGUGCGGGUAUAUAAUGGCGUUUACACAUUUGUGUGACAGAUGUAUAGUUCUGGCGAAACGUAACAAGUUUGGUGGAAAAGGCUUCAAUUCGAGUAAUUGGGAACCUUAUAAAGAGGGAGUAGUCUGUCUGGCCAACUUCUUGUCAAAUGCUCAAACACUUUUAGUCAGUACAUCAUGUACUGCAAUAUCGCUUUUAGUUCGAUGUUCAGCUUUGCCAUUACCGAACUGCUCUUCCCAGCAAGAGGCGCUCAUUGCGAGCGACAAUCCAUUCAAAGUUAAUCAAAAUGACUUAACUGUUACCGACGAAGAAGUAACGAAAUUCUCAGUGGCCGAUAGAUUGUUCAAAAUAGUUGGAAAUGCAAAAAUACCCUCAAAAGUUAAGGAACGAGCGCUGUACACGUUAGGUUUAAUGUGCACCGGCGAGAGAUUUGUGUUCUCCAAACAAAUUGUCAAAGGAUUCUUGCAAAUGGCUAAAGAUAGUAAAGAAUUUGAAAUACAUCUACAAAUAGGCGAAUCAUUAGUACUGUGCGUCGAAGGUGUCAAUUCUAACGAGAACAGAGAUCUAUGGACUGAACUACCUAAAGAGGGUGAUGCGAAAAUAAAAGAUAUAGAAGCGCUGAAGGAAAAUGAUGAUUUGCUCAAAUGGCUAUUAUUAGAGUUAUUCAAAAUUGGGAAGCAUCCACAUCCACACUCUAGACAGGCGACGAGUAUUUGGUUGUUGGCGUUACUGAAAAAUUGUUCUGAUCGAGAGCCCAUAAAGGACUCACUGCAAGAACUUCAGGACAAAUUCAUGGAUUUCCUUUCAGAGAAUAGUGAUAUCGUCCAAGAUGUAGCCAGCAAAGGGCUUAGUCUCGUGUAUCAAAACUCCGAUGAUAGUCAGAAGAAGGCGCUAGUAGCGCAGAUUAUAGAACAGCUGACGAGCGGGAAGCGGUCCGUGGCACAAGUCACUGAGGAUACCAAGAUAUUUGAGGAAGGACAACUUGGGACUGCUCCCACUGGUGGCAACCUUUCUACAUACAAAGAACUAUGUUCCCUGGCUUCGGAUUUAAAUCAACCAGAUCUGCUGUACAAGUUUAUGCAUUUGGCUCAUCACAAUUCUAUGUGGAAUUCCAAAAGAGGCGCAGCAUUCGGUUUUCAUUCGAUCGCCCUGCAGGCCGGCGCGCAGUUGAGCGAGCACCUGCCACGGAUCGUGCCGCGCCUGUACCGGUACCGGUUCGACCCCACGCCGCGCAUACAGAACUCCAUGGCCAGCAUAUGGCACGCCAUCGUGCCCAACACGCAGCAGACUGUGCACAAAUAUCACAAGGAGAUAUUGAACGACUUGGUGGCCAACAUGACGUCGAACCAGUGGCGAGUGCGAAUGUCCUGCUGUAACGCUUUGACUGACUUGUUAAGGGGAGCACAAAACCUGCGACAGUCGCUGGAACAGUUGCCGACAAUUUGGUCGCAGCUGUUCCGCGUCAUGGAUGACGUGCACGAGGGCACGCGGCAGGCUGCUACCAGUACCGCCAAUGUGCUAUCCAAACUAUGCAUCCAGGCUUCAGAUGUAAACCAAGGUAAAGACGGGAAGGAAAUCGUGUCAGCCAUAUUGCCUGUUCUACUUGAUACAGGGAUCACAAACCUUGUCAAAGAAGUAAGAAGUGUUAGUUUACAAACAGUGUCAAAGUUAGUGACAGCAGCGGGUAACAGCCUAGUGCCAUUUUUGCCGCGUUUGGUGCCCGCACUAGUGGGCGCGGCGGGCGAACUCGAGUCCGCCAAACUGUCGUACUUGAGUACGGCGCUAGCGGACACUGGCACGCGCGAGUUGUUGGACGAUAUGCGCGCCAAUGCAGCGCGACACCACUAUACCACUGACACCGUUGUAAAGUGUAUGCCGUUCAUAACCAUAGAAACGUUCAAAGAAAUGCUACCAAGUAUUCUAGAACUGACGAAGUCUCCGCAACUGGGCACGAAGGUGGCGUGCGCACAUUUCCUAGUCCUCGCCACACACUACCUGAGAGUCGACCUGGAACCUGUCGCUGGCAAGAUCAUGACCAAUCUAUUGAAUGGAAUUUUCGAUAGAAAUGCUACCGUUAGAAAAAAUUACGCUGAAGCACUGGGUCAAGUGUCUGCUUAUGCUAAGCCUCAGUCAAUAGAGAAGUUGAUGAAAAAAUUAGUAACUUUGUACGAAACAAAGGAAGAUGACGCGUCCAGGUCGGCUAUAGCUUUAACUCUGAAGUCCGUGGCUAAAGCCAAGAUUGAGCACAUUAAGGACAACGAGGAGAUAUUAGCGCCAGUUGUCUUCUUAGCCAUGCACGCUCCUAAAGAUGAUGAUUCAACUACGGUGGAAACAUUUGAAGAGAUCUGGUCUGACAUGAGUCCGACUCGCGAGAGCGGCAUCCGACAGCACCUGCCCGAAAUACGCGCUUAUAUCGAGCAGGCGCUGCUUUCCGGUAGCUGGACCAAGAAAGUUCAGGCAGCGAAUGCAAUAAAAACAAUAUGCAAAGAGAUGUCGAGUGGUUUAGGCGACGAGCGGGAGCCGUUUAUUCGAUCUUUGCUGGCGGCAGUGCAGGGGAAGACGUUCGAUGGCAAACAGCACAUUCUAGAAGCUUUGGCGGAUUUGUGUGUGAUCAAGGAAGGCACGCCGGCCGUGUCGCAAGUGCUGGCGACGGAGUGCGUGGACGCGCUGGUGGUGGAGAGCCGCAAGCAGGAGCCGGUGUACAAGCGGCACGCGCUGGCCGCCCUGGCGCGCGCCUUCCCCGCCGCCUCCUGCGACCGCUUCCACCAGCUCUACGAGAUCGUCAAACAGAUUUUGUCCAAGGAUGAACUAGCCAUGGACAAAGACUCAGAUGAAGAAGACAACGACGGCGUGAGACAACGGCGGGAACAAUUGACGGCGUUGAAGGAAGCCUCCUAUGAUCUGUUGGGCAAGGCGUGGCCUAAGGACGCACACGCACAAGAAAAGUACCAAGAUCUAUUCUUUGAACACUGCUCAAAAGCAUACCCAACGAGCUCUCGUUCGACGCAGCUGGCUAUCUUAGCGUCCAUUGCGUGCGUAGUAGAAAAACUCGCGGUACUGAGCUGUAGCGGGGAGCCGAUGGAGACGGACAACGUAGCGCUGUCUAACGGAGACAAGGCGAUCAGCAGCGUGACUGACCAUGUGGCUGCUAUUAUUGAAUAUACACUCAAGAACAGCAACCAAGUAAGGAAUAGGAGAGAUGCACUUAAUAUUAUGGAAAUCAUAAUAAAACGUUUAAAAGAACUCCAAAAAACUGAAGAAAUAAAUAAAUUACGUAAUAUAUACCAAACAUACGCUCAAGACUUGUCGAAAGAAUCCUCGCAUGAGUUGAGGUCAAAAGUAGAGAAUUUAAAAGUAUACUUCAAAUAGUGGAUACCAGUGUUACCUUUUCUAUUUAUGUAAAAAACUGACAUGAAAUGUAAUACAAAAUAAUAUAUGUGUUUCCACACAA